GGUUCUGUCUUAUUUCGUAUCUUUUUUAGGUUAUAUUUACAUUUAAGACCACUCCAUGUAAAAGUUGCUGCUUGUCAUUUUAUAAUUUCCUUCUUUCUAAACUUUUAUAAUAAAAUGGAUGCACCACUUUUAUCAGCGUUCAAGACAAUUUUGGUCUACAGUAUAUUUAUACUGGCGUCUCCCAUCACUACAUUUUUUGUGUCUAAGAUUUUCAUCUUUGAAGGUAUUCUUGGAGCCUCCCCAUUAACAAGCAAUGUUUGGUCUGCUGUUUUUGCAGUAGUAGUGUUACAUAUAGCUGUAGGAAUGUACAUUUAUAGGGCGUACUUUGAAGCAGACAGAUCCAAACCUCUAGUGAAGACAGAUUAAUCCAAAGAAUGACCAAUCAGUGGAACUGUGAUAAUUUUUACUAGACGUAUUCCACAUAGGUCAUUAGAUAUCUUUUAAAUAUUUACUUUUUCAUUUUAGAAUUGUUCUUUAACUGCAUAAAUAACCUAUAUGGAAAAUACUAGUAAUAACCUAGCCUGUUUGUAUACUAUUUUACAUGAAAGUUUGUAAUCUAGAGUUCAUUAAAAAAAAAAUGUAGGGCUUAUAAAGUUUCAGUUAAUCUUUCAAAACGUUUAUUUCAGACAAAACUAGUAUAUUUUAUCAGGUAAUCUAGAUUUUUGAUAUAGGACAAACUUUUCUUUAUAUGUAUAAGCCAUUAUGUUAGUGAUGUUUUUAUGAUUCUUCUUAAUGGCAACUUUAAAGAUAAGUGUACCUUACAUGAGUAUUUUAGGAACAUGUAGUUUAUAAAGUAAUAUAAUAUGUAAUAAUUAUUUUUACAGUAUUAUGUUCCAUUUAUUCAUUCCAUAACUUAUGGAUAUGGAAAAUUCAGGAAUGCAAAAAAUUUUAAGACUUGAAAUGUUCUACAAAAUAAAAUUUGUGUUAAUAUAAAUAAAAAUGAUUAAGUCAUAACAACCGGCAAGGUAAAAUAAUAUUUUAUAGAAAGCAUGUACCUAUCCCAUACCCUAAUAAAGUUUUUAAGUAUAUACCUUUAAAAAUUACUGUCUUCAUAAGGACAUGAGGGAAUACAGAAACUAAUCUAAG